AUGAAGGCUAUCCUUAAGCAUCUCAUAGUACCUCAUGAGAGAGGACAAGUUCCCAACCGAUGGAUCAACAACGACAUCAAGCCUAUCGAAGCAGGCCGGCGGAGUUGGAACUUUUGGACAUUUCAUAACUUCUGUGUCCUGACCGGGUCUAAUAUCUCCGUCUACAUGAUGGGGAGUUCAUUAAUUGCCAUAGGAUUAAAUUGGCGCCAGGCGCUGGCUGUGAUCGUUGUUGGCAAUGUUAUUGUAGUCGGACUACUUGUGGUGAACUCACUACCCGGCAUGUUCUACCAUAUUGGUUUCCCUUUGGUUAAUAGGUAUGUUUGGGGCCUUUAUGGCAGCUUGUUCGUUCUUUGGAACCGGAUAUUACUCUCCGUCGUUUGGUACGGGUUUCAAGCAUGGGUUGGCGGCGAAUGUAUCUAUGUCUGUCUGCAGUCGAUCUGGCCAUCCCUUGAGAGCCGGAUACCAAACCAUAUACCUCAAUCGACGGGCAUGACCACCGCACAGUUUAUAGCGUACAUCAUCUUCAUGGUCCUAUCUAUGCCAGUGAUGUAUAUCCGACCGCACAAACUGCAGAUAUUCCUCUAUAUCUCCGCAGCAGCAAUUAUAGUUUUUGAGAUUGUCAUCCUCAUCUGGGCUCUGGCCACCAUGGGCGACAGCGGGUUUGGGGGUACGAUCUCAGAGACUAGCAGCAGUGGUUCAGGAUGGAAGAUCGCCUUCGGCAUCGUCACCACAAUUGGAGGCAGUGCAGCUGGAAUCUUGAACCAGAAUGAUUUUUCCCGAUUUGCGCGCAGACCACGGGAUGCAAUCCUCGGGCAGCUCAUCAGCUUCCCCAUAUAUAGUACCUUAUGUGCGAUAGUAGGUAUUCUUGUCACCGCGGCUACUCAGAUUCGCUAUGACGAAGCGCUAUGGAAAUUGCCUAAUUUGCUCAGCGCUAUGAUGAAACACGGAGGCUCGCGGUCGAGAGCAGCGGCAUUUUUCGGGGGUGCGGCGCUGAGUGUGUCGCAGAUGGGAUUGAAUGUGCCGGCAAAUGCACUGGCCGGAGGGUUCGACAUGGCGGCGACAUUCCCCAAAUACAUCACCCUCCGUCGGGGCGCCUAUAUCACGGUCGUGCUAUCGAUCGCCUGCAACCCGUGGAAGCUAGACAAUACAGCCACCACGUUCCUGGCUGUUCUGAGUGGGUAUUCGAUUUUCCUAGGGCCUAUGGUCGGGUUGAUGAUAUCUUCCUAUUUCGUUGUGAUGCGACGCAAGAUCAAGGUGGAGGGUUUGUUCCCGGCCUGCGAGGACAAGGGGAUCUACUGGUAUACAUAUGGAGUCAAUUGGCGAGCUGCCGUAGCGUGGCUUUGUGGGAUAGUGCCUUCGCUCCCAGGGUUCGUGGCCCAUGUCGAUCCCGACAUCACUGUUCCCGUGGGAUUGACUCGCAUUUAUUAUAUUUGUUUCAUCACGGGUAUGGUAAUCAGUGCCACAGUGUACACGGCAUUGCAUUUCAUCUUUCCGGAGGCCGAAGUGAAGACUUUCGUGGAUACUGCGCCUUCACCGGGGACUUUGAUGUGCGAAUACCGAGCGCGAUGGGACGGGGAGGGAGAUUCGGGAGAAGAGAUUGUGGAGCAAGUGAAACCGUGA